GGUACUAAAAACCACAUUUUUGCAGAGAGAAGAGAGGGUGAUAUAAAAUACUAGUGAGUAGAACACACUUUUGAAGAAAGAAAUAUGCUUUCUUCUUUGUUAACUGAUUCAUUCUAAAUCGAGAGAGAGAGAGGGAAAAAGAGUGUACCUUCGUUUGCUAAAAUGAAUGAUCUUGCGUUUUCUACUCCUUUGUUGCCCGAUGUUGAGAGAUUAACUCAAGAAUGUGUUAAGGAUGCAUCAACGGAGGCGCAGAGUUCUCUUCAUUACCCAUAUCAGGCAUGUCGACCGUCCCUUUCACAGGUUGUUGAAGAGAUCAAGCAACUUUACACCAUUGCCCUGCCCAUGAUCAUCACUGGCCUUCUUAUCUAUGGUAAAUCUGCCAUAUCAAUGUUUUUCAUGGGGAAAUUGGGCAAGGAGACGUUAGCAGGAGGAUCUCUGUCAAUUGGCAUCGCCAACAUGAGUGGCUACUCUGUCAUCUCUGGCCUUGCCAUGGGCAUGGAAGCCAUCUCUUCUCAAGCCUGUGGAGCCAAACAAUGGCCUCUCAUGGGCCAAACCCUACAACGCACCAUAGCAAUCCUAGCCUUAGCCUGCAUACCCAUUUCCGCCUUGUGGCUAAACUUUGAACCCAUCCUUCUAUUUUGUGGACAGGACCCAGUAAUCUCCUCCAUUGCCUCUACCUAUCUUGCAUUCUCCAUCCCAGAUCUAGUUUUCCAGUCGCUCGUUAACCCUCUCAGAAUUUACCUCAGAACACAGAACAUAACCCUUCCUCUGAUGCUAAGUGCAGGGUUUGCUCUUGCUCUUCACGCACCCAUCAACUACAUCCUCGUCUAUCAUCUUAAACUUGGCAUUCAAGGCAUUGCCGUGGCAGUAGCCUUAACAGAUUUCAAUUUGCUUGCUACACUUUUGCUUUACCUGUGGUUCUCUGGUGUUUGUAGAAAAUCAUGGCAAGGAUGGUCCCGUGAUUGCUUUUAUGAAUGGAAACCAAUUCUCUGUUUAGCCAUACCCAGUUGUGUAUCUGUGUGCUUAGAGUGGUGGUGGUAUGAACUCAUGAUAGUUCUAUCAGGACUUCUCUCGAACGCCUCGGAGGCGGUCGCUGUCAUGGGAAUUCUGAUACAAGCGACUUCACUCAUCUACAUCUUCCCUUCAUCUCUGAGUCUAGCCGUGUCGACACGGGUCGGAAAUGAGUUAGGUGCAAAGCAACCCGGGAAAGCGAAAACCGCCUCCGUGAUUGCAAUAUCGUGCUCCGUCCUCACCAGCAUCAUCGCCAUGUCAUUCAUGACAACAAUGAGAAACACCUGGGGUCAAAUAUUUACUACCGAUGAAGCCACCCUGUCACUGACGGCGGCUGUGAUGCCGGUGGUGGGGCUGUGCGAGCUAGGGAACUGCCCGCAAACCACCGGCUGCGGCGUGCUGAGAGGGAGCGCGAGGCCGAGCUUGGGUGCCAACAUUAAUCUCGGAUCUUUCUACGGGGUUGGGUUGCCCGUUGCAAUGUUGAUGGGCUUUGGUAUGGAUAUGGGCUUGUUGGGCCUGUGGUUGGGCUUGCUGGCGGCGCAGGUAGUGUGUUCAAUUUUGAUGGCCGUGGUGGUGAGCAGAACAGACUGGCCGACGCAGGAAAAGCGAGCCAGGGAGCUGACCGGUGUUAACGAGGAGGCGGCGGAGGCAGAGGUAGAAGGUAAUGCCCUGGUAAAUGAGGGUUUUUAGAUGUUAAGAGUAAAAAACUUAUGUAGUUAAUACUCCCUUUUCACCCUUUUCAAAGUUGUAGUUGUUAAAAAUUUUCCAUAUUUUGUGUUCAUAUGGAGUUUUGUAGAAUGCAGCUCAUGUUCAAGGCUAGUUGCUUGUUGGAAUUUCACUACUAGGACACAAAAUUUGCAAUCUUUGGGGCCACCUUGGUUUGUCUUUUCUAAAUUAUAUAAUGAGUAAUAAUCACGACACCUUUAU